AUGGACGCUGUGGACUGCCUUCUCGAUGCCUCACCCGACCCCAACGCCUCCGCACCAGCACGUGGCGGACAGGAUGCGAGUCCCUUAUUAGAGAUGGCACCGGCGGUAUCCGCCGGUGUGUCAGUCAACUGCGACCGUUAUGAAGAAAACAGUCCCUCUGUGGUCCCCUUGAAGACACCGCACCCCUUGGAGUUGAGCCGCUGUCCUGUUUCCUCUUCUACAGCAGACAGACGGACGAAAAGCUUCACUACUCCUUCCGGUGUAAGCGCAUCCUCCUCUUGAUUUUUUUCUACUUGCGACUGUGGAUUUAGACAUACGCGUGGACAGGACGUUCCAGGUGCCGAUUAUCACAAGCGUGUUCUAGCUGCUCCCCGUUUGGCCAUUCAGUGAAGCCGAUGAAUGUCCGGCGUUGACCGGAACUAGAAAUUAGACUUGUCAGAGCGUGCUGAAAUGGAUCGACGCAUCUACUAAGUCUCCAGCUGCAACCCUGAUCUACCCGUCUUGCUCUCGCGCAACGGACCGGUAACAUCGAUUUCCAGUUACUUUUGAUCCCUUCAGUGGACUAUCGCAUCUAGAGUUUUGCAAUUUCUACACCGUUCGGCCAAUUCAGAGGCCGGGUCCCUUCCCUUACUAACCGACACGUGUCUUAUAAAUAUAUCGGACGUCUUUAUAGCUGGCCUACGCAUGUACAGCUGUGCUGUGUUCCUCGUGUCGCUCUAAGCAUUGAGAUAUUACAUCGUAAGUAUGCGGAAGUUCUUGUCUAAGCCACCCACAAUUUCUGUUUAUUUACGCGCCUUAAAUCCACUCGGUAGUCGAUUCAGAAUGAACGGCGUUCCCGACCUCAGAGGAUAUGAGUGAGCACGCCUGUAUGUAGUAGCUGCUUCGGCGCGUAAAGUCGGGUUCCUGUUUAAAAUCGUCCAUAUAUCGCGGCCGUCUCACUGUCCGACCACUUGGUCUCGCCUUCCCCUCAGGUCCCAUUAGAGCUGUCGAAGUCGGGAUCAGUAGCUCCUCUCCAAAUAGCUGUCGGUCACCUUGGAUGUUGCAGAGGGGUAGUUGACCUCAUAAGUUGCCUUGUGGAAUACGCGAUGUUGGACCCCUCGACUACCAAAGUAGUCGCGAUGGUUCGACUUCGCGUCUUGAAUACCUGCAGUUAAUUAGGUCCAUAGUCUGCUCUUUCUAAUGUAGAUCCCCUCGAUCCCAAAUUUCAUUGUCGGCAAAUAUAUCCUAAUUAUUUGGGUGAAUUCGCAGAAAACCGAACACUUCCUAACCUCGAAUACUAAAAUUACUACUCUAUCCCUCCCCAUUGGCAAUAUUGAUGCAUGGCCCACUACGUGCUGACACUGAAAGUUAUGUUGACUGGGAGCAUUUUUCAGCUGCUCCUUUUGGUCAUGGUGUGGCCUGAAUUUCGGCGUAGCUCAUUUCCCUUACACAUGAAAAAUCGCCUCCCGAUUUCUGCUUUGCCAGUUGACAAUCCAACAACAGGAGUUGCCCAACCCACACGGAAAGUUCCGCUUGCCAAACCAUGACUGCCUUUCGCCGGUGGAGGGAGAACUACCCAUCACACUCGAACGAUACUGCGUCACGGUGAAACCCAAAAAUAUCAACUUCCGCUCAAGAUUGUACGUCCCAUUCUUGCCUGUUAUAUGUUUAGCAACACACAGAAACAAAUACAAGAGUGCAGGUGUAAACGCUGAUACAAAUGGCUGGUCUUUACUUGCUUUAAUGGUGAUUAAAGCUGGCCCAAAAGCCAACCCUGGUCCUAUCCCCACGGUUCACCUUUGCAUUCGUCAACAAGACCCUUUUCUCCCGACAAUAACCGCUCAACAUUGCCGGAUAGCCUAUUCUAUGCUUUUUAGGCCCGCGGUGCGGCUUUUGGUAGGCUACAGCUUCCUGAUCCUUCCCUGUAAGAAUCAUAGUGAGGUACAUCAUUCAAAGACUAACUCGCACAGUUUAGCCCGCCAAAGCACCUGCUUUCUGCUAUAUGCGAGGUAAAAAUAUCCGUAACCUUACGAAAAUGUGAUCACGGAGUCGUUUGCUUACUUCUCCAAUGUUUUCAUAGUAGGUAAGUUCACAGUAGAUGUGCUGUCUCAUGAAAAGUUGACAGAAAUCCUGAAAUAUGUUUUCGAUUCCAAAGGAAUACUUAAGUAAAGUUGCAAUUUUAACUAUCGUGCAGCAUAAUUCUCAAGAUAUUUCAGUCACGCGAGGAUGCUGGCUUUUGAAUGAGCUUCCUUUCGGCCGCCGGCAAAAAGGCCACUGCUACUUAUAAAGUAUACAACCUGGUCCACACCCACCGCACAAUUUUGAGUCCUAUAUGCCACUCGCCUAACAACGUAGAGGAAUGCGUGAUGUUCCUUUAGCGGAUGUAUGUAGCAUGUAGGCUGCAAACCCUAAAUUCAAGUGUAACGGAAGGUGGUGAACUUAUUCAGGAGUUGAAUAACUUUUAAAAAACCGAAAGGCAUUCUCUCUCUCUCUGAGUAGGAAAUUUGAAGACGUAAUUUGCUACAAAAUGAGUACAAGAGAGGAUAUUUUGUGUUCGUUUUCUAUGUAAUAUAUUUGAAUUUUUAGGGGCACCGAAAACAAGUGGGGGAACUCAUACUGUUUAAGUAGUCAUUUUUAUAUCGUGGUUUUUGCAGACGACCGGAAAGAAGCUCAUUCAAAAGGCAACAUUUUGGCGUGACUGAAACAUCUUAGGAUUAUGCUGCACGAUAGGCGAUAUUACUUUCGAAUCGGGGACAUAUUUCGGAAUUUUGGUUGAAAUUUCAUGGGAUAGCACAUCAACUGUACGUCUGUGUGCUAGAAGACAGUCCGAUCUUACCGAGGAGUAAAUCCACAGUGGUGUCAACUUCUUAAGAUCCCCUUCAUGAGGAACUGAUAACUAAAGAAGUUGCCUUUCUCCUCUUGGACUUCCGCGUGUUAAACAGCAGUUUCACCCAAACUCGUAAAUGAGCGGUAUGCACAUGAACAGAACACAGAGCAAAACAAAUUUUCAGCGAAUUAGUGUCCCUCGGCAAAAAAGUGGAUUCCAAUUUACCGCGGGCUAACCAGGCUUGAGAGCCUGCUCUACUGGAAAAUUCCAAAGUUCGCGGCGUGGAGCAAGGAUUACUCUCUUAGAAUCGGCGCCUCUGUCUCGUCUUAUUAGAACUUGCUAGAACAACUAAUAAGCAACAGCAUCAAAGACCCAACGCGACCAACAUUGUCCUAUUGUUUUUAGAAGAAGCUCCCGGCCACAAAAAGCAAACUCAGGUUCCAGUAGGGCGUUAGUGCCUUAAGUGAAUGCCACGAGUAUAUGCAUAUCCUCUAAGCUUCAAUUAACUCCAUGUACAGUAACGGUAUUCGGAUUCGCUAGUUACCAUUUCUCUCUUAAGACAGAGGAAAAUGUAUGGGGAAAAUGAAAACGCCCUGACUCAUCGAAGGAGAAAGUGGGCAAAUACGCUGUGGUACCAUGUCAUAAGACCUUUGUUAUUAGCUUCUGCCAAAAGAUUUGACGAAUAUGUUUCUGGAACAAAAGCAAGGUACUUAACUGCCCACUUCUAAACUGUCAACGGCUUUUGACAUUUAUAUCGUGGAUUUUUCCGAAUAUCGACUGGAGAAACACUUAUUGUUGUGCAAUGUUGCAGCAAGACUGCAUUUGUUACAAAGACCUGAACCUUGUGGCGUUUCCCAACCCCCGCCCCCGCGCCAGCAUGAAGAGCGCUCUUCCGUUUAAACUGGUGAAUAAAACGAGUAAACGUUUUGUUGUCUCUCUUAAGCCCGUCCCGUCGUCUUUUAUGAAUGAUAUGCGGACGAAAUAUCGUACCUCUACAGUGGUUAUAGUUCGUCAAAUUCUUUUAUACACACCGCCUGUCCCGAUCUUGCCCAUCGUUUUUAGUACCUAUAAUUUUUGCAUCCUGCAUACAAGGACGUGAAACAGUCUUAUCGGGUACCGCGUACUCACACCACCCUUUCUACAAGAAAUAACAAGAUGCAUACACGUUAUUUACCAACUGUGUCCUUGUUGGCAAGGUUGUUAGUCACUCUGAAAUGCACGAACUACAAAAGCUUCUAAUUUACUCCCAUCUUUUGGUCAGACGGGCUUAUGGCCGCCGUGCGCGUACCCUGCAAAUAGUAAUCCACGCUUUGCCAUCGUCCUUAAUUGAUGGUAAGUGCAAAUUAUCGGUGUUCCUUCCCAAGUGAGCACUUCUACCGAAGAAUGGAUCGCGAAACUUCGCCCUUGAGGGGUAGUGCUACCGCCAGAAACGGCUUUUCUCCACAGCCUGCCUCCCGUCACGGAAUCAUCCGUACUUUUCUCCCUCCAUUUGUUUUUAGCGCUCUGCCUCUAUCGACUCCUCAACGUAGUAUGCCCAUCGAUCUCUUCACGGAGAUUCAGACGGCUGACAGCAGUUUCCCAGUGGCUGGGAUCUCGCCGGCCAGUGAAGCUACUUCCUACCAAGUUUCGGAGAUCGCCGCUGACCGUCUUGAUAGUAGUCCCGGCAAGGCCACAAUCACCACUAGCACCUCAACAAUCAAGCCCAAUCACAGUAUCUCCGUGGAUGAAUCCGACUCGCCAGUGCUCACUGCGGUGCCGUCUACACGUGAGAAAUACGCCCUAUCUGAAAUUUUCUGCGGACACAAGCCCUGCUUCAGUUUCUGCCUCUCACUCUUUAUUCUUUUUACGCAGCUCGCCUUCGGUCUAGAAAAAGCCGUUUGAUUGCGUAAUUCCCGAUCGCUGAGUACUUAACAUCCCUGGGCGCCUAUAGAAACCGAUUUCAGAUUUUCGAUAGACAUAAUCUCCUGUCGCUUCUCAUUGAUCACAUAUUCAAGUGCUGCGCACGCGUCAAACUCAAAGCCACAUGUGUGUGGUGUCUGCCACAAGGGCUUUAGAGGGGAGUCUGUCGGCGAAUCUAAACGGCCGUAUUUCGCCUUGUAAUAAGGUCAGGUCGGCACACCUCACUCCCAUGCGGCUUUUAAUAGUCACGGCAUGGAUCCGUGAUCCAUCCUGUAGGGCGUUAGACUCGGUAUCCACCUGGAUAGGGGUUGUAAUGUGGCCUUCCCAACCUAAGCUUCCGGUAUAACUGUUGGUGUCAAAGAGACCCGGACAUGAUGCUCCAGUCCCUUUUGUCUUUGUCUAAAGUCUUGAGUUUUGCUAGCUGCAGCAGGGACACUACGGGGUCCAAAUAAGAACAAGCUACUAGAGGAAGGGGUUGCCGUGACAGCCGAGUUCCUUAAGUGCUGCAGUGGCCACGACUUCUUCCCCACGAUAGCCCUCUGACUGCGCUCGGUACAUCAAACCGCCGUGGAAGUGGUUCCACGCUUUCCCGUCUUAAGUGUCUGGAAAGGGGCAUGUGUGGCUCUAUUGGCAAGUCGUAGCCGGCUGUCUACUAUAUACUUAGCCCGGUCUCUUGGUAUCUUUUUCGGACAUCUAGCGCACUCCACAGCACGCGCAGAGGCGUACUAUAAACGACUGCAGCUACAGUGUGCUUACUCAUGAAAUGUUAACCGAGAUUCUGAAGUGCGUUUUCGACCCAAAAAAACUAAUUAAGUAGGAUUGUAAAAAUAAUCAUCCUGCAGUUACUCCAGGAUGCCAGCUUUCGUACGAACCUCUUUCCGACCGCAUGCAAAAACUAUACUCUGUAAAAAAAGACUACUUAAGUAUCAUGCAUUUUUCUCAUUGAUUUUCGAUACCCCUACAAAUCCAGUUAUAUUUUGUGAAAAACAUGCACAAAAUAUUUAUUUUUUGCUCAUUUGGUAGAAAAUUAUGUCUCCUUCCAAUUUUAUGCUCGAAGGAAGGGUACAAUUCGGUUUUCAAAAACUUUUUCAAUUCUCGAAUAAUUCUGAACCCGACCUGCCGCUAAACUUGCAUUCAGGGUUUCCAAACUACAAGCCGUAUAUUUUCCGCGUACGGAAAACCAUAUAUUUUUCUACUGUAUUAAGAGGAGACCAUAUGGAGCUCAUAAAAUUUAGCAGUGGAUUUGAGUCAUAUUGUUAGCUAUACAAGCCACAUUGGUAAAUACAGACAUGACAUUUUAUGAACGGCAAUUCCACGGUAUUAAAAAAUUUUACAAUUAGAAACUUUUUAAAACCGAAUUAAAUCCUUCCUUCGAGUAUAAAACUGAAAGACGUAAUUUUCUACCGAAUGAUUAAAAUAAUGAAUAUUUUCUGCAUGUUUUUCACUCAAUAUAACUGGAUUUGUAGGAGCAUCGAAAAUCAAUGAGAAAAUGCAUGCUACUUGAGUAGUCAGUCUUUACAGAGUAUAGUCCUUACAUGCGGCCGGAAAGAAGUUCGUACGGAAGCUGGCAUCCUGGGGUAACUGAAUUAUUAUAGAAUUAUGCUGCAGGAUAAUUAUUUUUACAACCCUACUUAAUUACUCUUUUUGGGUCGAAAACGCACUUCAGGAUUUCAAUCAACAUUUCAUGAGUUGGCACAUCUACUGUGGUUUCAAGGUGAACAUGAGGACGAAAAUCAUAUCACUAGUUGAAAAACGCCUCAUGUCCAGCUUCAUCGGAAUAAUGUCAAGCCGCCAGACAACUUUCAGUUGACCCGCUCUCCUAUAUCCACUACAGACAUGACAGAAUCCGACCUAAGUUGGGCAAGGCGGUCCACUUCAGAGCUUGAAGUCCGAGACUACUACACCCUGACCUCACCCUCUGAGGGCGAAAUGGACUCCUCAUCGGAGAGCUGCAACAUGAGCAACUCUUCUAAUCCCAAGCUAGUUCCAUCAUGCUUCCAACCUGUUCGUCGUGAACGCCCCGUCAACUCUACCAUCAUGACUUCUCCAGAUUCGUGCCGGCCAUGA